AUGUCGGAGGUCGGAGCUGAUGCUCCUAAUCGUGAGUUCGAAUCAUCCUGGACGCCUACAGCGUCCUUAGAUGUGUCCUUAGCCAGGUUGGACGACACGGCGGCUCUCCGUGCCAAAGAUGCCAAGGUACUCCGGGAUGCCACUUCGGCCGCCAUCACCCAGGGGCUGUCCGCAGUUGAUGUUUCGAUGUUGCUUGCGUGGAGUCUGUCCGUCCAGUAUCGACUCAAUAAUCCUCGAUUUGACAAAGGCUCGCAACCUGCCGCAGACGACAACGCCAACAACCCCGGCUCGCCGUCUCGGUCCUAG